GUUGAACCCCCCGAAAGCGCCCAUUCAGCCUUGCAGCACGGACCGUGCUCACAAGGCGGUGCUUGGAAGAAUCGCCGAUGUCUACAUCGGUCAGGCAAUAGAUUGACCUCCCAUUGCAUCCCAAGUUUUAUCGUUGCUCUCAAUACAGCGGGUAAAGAACCAACAUUGAAGCACCAUGCAGUGGGUUACCGGCAUCGUGAGGUCAUUUCAGUUCCUCUUCGGAGUCGUCGUCCUCGGCCUCUCGGUCGCACUGCUUCUCGGCCAGCACUGGCUUUCCCCGCCGGCGGCCACCAAAUAUGCCAUAUUUACCGGCACCUUCGGCAUGCUCGCCGCUCUCGUCGGGGUCGCAGCACUCUACCUCGAUUGCCUGGCCGGUUUGAUCACCUGGGCUGUCGACGGACUAGCCGGUGUGGCUCUUCUCGCGGGCGGAAUCGCCUUUGCCGCCAUCUUGGGGGGCACAGAUUGCUUCAACGCUCGUGAAACGAGCACGAAUCAGUUACUCAGCGGGGGAUGUUGGGAUUUCGAGGGCCGGAAGGGUUGCUGGCACAUGGCCAACUUCGACACCGAUGCUCUCGAGAAGCGGUGCAUGUCGGCCAAGGCCGACUCGGCGUUCAUGUUCUUGUGUUUCGCAACCUCACUCGCCGCGAUCGCAUGCUCGGUGUUUUUGUCCCGAAAGGGCGACGGGGGCCCUCGUUACACCCCGGCGCAUCUGCAAAUGUUUCCGUGUUGACUGGGUCAUGUACGUCGAGUGAUUCCCCAAUCAGGGAUUACGGAACUAUGAAAGCAAAGUAAAUCCGAGACGUUAAUUC